CACAGCCCCACACUCUCACAGCCCACACUUAGACACGAACAUGAGGCGAUGCCGGCGCUCGCGGGCGCGGCGUGUGAUUGCGUGCUUUGCGUUGCUGGCGGCUGUGGCGUGUCUUGCGCCAGCGUCCUUGGUUCGUUGUGAUGAGGCCGCCAACACAAGCGAUUCGCAUGCAGCGAGCGCCGAGGCAGACUCACACGGCGCUGCAUCGGCAGCUCACAGCCCGGAAGUGUGUCCGGCCAACGUAUCGACCAAUCCUUUCUACAAGGCGUACUUUGACUCGGAGAAGGACCUUCCGCUGGGAUCGGAAGGGUUCAUUGAAAACCUCGAGGAACGCUCCCACCUCGAGGUGUUUGCACAAAACUACAAGGAGGUGGAGCUACCUUUCCUCGUUUCCUUGAUUCUGCUCAUCGUGGCGCUGCUUCGAGUCGGCAUCCAAGGAUCGUGGAUUGGCGAAGUGCUGCCAGACUCAUGCAUGGUCAUUGUCGUGGGCGUCUUCAUCGGUAUCUGGAUCAGGAUCAUCUUCGAGGCUGGAUAUGUGCAGUGCAACAACCGCGUGUUCAUGGACAACUUGGGGUCCAUCCUCAUCAACGCCAUCCUCGGCACCGUCUUCAACACCUUUGCUCUUGGGUAUGCGAUGUAUGGCGUUGCGACCUCCAUUGGCAUCGACAUGUCUCCGAUUGAGGGUCUUGUCUUUGGAUCCUUCAUCGCCGCCGUCGAUCCCGUCGCCGUCCUCACCGUCUUCGAAGAGAUGCACGUGCACGAGACGCUGCACACGAUUGUGUUUGGCGAAUCCAUCCUCAACGAUGGCGUCGCCGUCGUCCUCUACCGCAUCUGCGUCGCGCUCGCCUACGAAGAAAACAUCACCGGAGAGGGCCUCGUUGUCGGCUCCUCCUUCGCCACGGGCAUCGCCUCAUUCGUCGUCGUCUUCGUGGGCGGCUGUUUGAUGGGAAUUCUCCACGGCGUCGCCGCCGCCCUCGUCACGCGCUUCCUCACAUCCGAGAACACGCGUGUGAUGGAGCCGUUUAUCCUCAUCUUCAUCGGGUACAUGUCCUACCUCGUCGCAGAGAUCUGCCACUUCUCAGGCAUUGUCAGCAUUAUGAUCUGUGGCAUGGUUUUGCAGCACUACGCCGCAAAGAACAUCCACAAGACGUCCCGCAUUAGUGUGCACUAUUUCCUCAAGUUGAUCGCCGGAACCGCAGAGACGCUCGUGUUCCUCUUGCUCGGCGUGGAGGCCGUCACGUCCAUCUCAGAGGGGUGGAACACGGUGUUUAUCAUCUCUGCGUAUCUCCUGGCCCUCACCUUCCGCAUCAUGAGCGUGUUCUGCUCCAGUUUCUUCCUCAACAAAAUCAGACACCUCAAAAUCUCCCUGCGAGACCAGUGGGUGAUGGCGUACGGUGGUCUUCGCGGCGCCAUCGCCUUCUCCCUCGCGUUUGUGUUGGCCGACCAGAAGUACAUCUGCACCGCAGACUUUGACCCAAACGUCAACGACCCUGACACUGUGUUCAGUCCUUUCCCGCACCGAAACCUCUUUGUCAGCGCCACCAUCUUCAUCGUCAUGAUCACCGUCUUCGUUCACGGCACGACGAUCAAGCCCAUCCUGAACUGGCUGCACAUCUCGCGGGCGGAGGAGCACGAGCGGCUCGGCUUUGAGCGCCUCAACUUCAAGCUCGUCGACUACACCAUGCGUGUUGUCGAGUCAAUCACGCAGAUCCACACGUCCAACUGGCUGCGCGACUUCUACUUCUCCCUCGACCUCUCCCUGCGCAAGUACCUCGUGAAACCGGGCGGCAGCUACUGCGAGCUGCUGGAGCGAGCAGAGGAGAAACACAUGAAGUCGUUGCUGGAGAGCUACAAGGACCAGCGUGUGCGGGAUUUGGUUGAAGCCGACGAGCGUGGCCUGCAUGAGCGCGAGCUGGAGAACUACCGCUGGCUGAAAAUGCACGAGAACUUUCGCAAAGUCAUGCAUGAAAUUGGCGAAAUGGCAGACGUCGCUCAUCACGCAUCACCGCGUCCGCUGCGCCGCCACUACUACGACGAGCUUGGAAAGGAGCGAGCGCCCGGUCCCUGCGAACGCCUCGUCGCCACCGUCAAACACGAGCACGACAAGGAAAGGCACGCCCUCAACCCCGAAAUGCAGCGUGCGCGAAACCGCCGCACGCGCGUGCAGUUUACAGAUCCGGACGAGGAGGACCGCCUGGAGAUGGAGCGACGACAGAGGCGCGAUUGGAAGUACACCGGCGACUUCCGUGCGCGGGAUCUCGAGUCUGCACUGCCGGCGCGAACAAUGCGCCGUCGCCACAAACCAAAGGCAAAGGAGCCCGACACGGCGAGUGUGCGGUCUGCCAGCAGCGUGACGUCGCAGGAGUCGUUUGAUUCGUCGUCCACCGUCUCCGGUCUUCUCUCCGACGGCGAGCUCAACCUCGUCAGGAGGUUUGCGUCCGACUCCAACUUGGCGCCGCGGUCGCAUACGCAGGCGUUUGUGACGGGCGAGACGUGGAUUCCAAUUCCGCCGGCCGACAGCGACUCAUCGGAUGCAGAACAGAACCACCGGCCCCGCCAGCCCCAUCCGCACUCGCAGUCACAGCCAAGUCUCGUGCGUGGCGACUCAAGGCCGCUGUUGCAGGAUGGUCAGGACGGGCUCGACCCCAUUGAGGAGAUUGAGUUUUAGCUGUUGUGUGGGUGUUGUGGCGUGUGCUUAUGAACUUGUGGUUGUUUCGCUUGUUUCAUUUUGGUUUUCGCAUUUAGAUGAUGAUGAUGAUGUGCGCGCGUGUGUGUGCAUGUGUGUGCAUGUGUGUGUGUGUGUGUGUUUGUGUUGUGUGUGUUUGUGUUGUGCAUGCUUGCCCUGCAGCCUGUCUGCUUGAGCGUGGCUCGCUGCGUCUCUUGCUUGCUCGUGUUCGCUUCUCUGUAAACGAUCCUUCCAUCCCAAA